AUGGACUCUUCUAGAGUUACUUCAAAGGAAUCAACACCUAUGCGAACUUUUAAAGAACCCUCACUAUAUGAGACUCGGGUCAAACGAUAUAGAUAUCUUUUAGGUCAAACUGAGUUAUUUGCUCACUUUUUAAACUUGACUGAAGUCAAGGAUGACGCAAUGAAAACCGUUUUGAAAGAGCAAGAAAUGCAAAAGAACAACGCCGAGGAAGGAUCAAGGCGUAGAAGAAAGACUGAGAAAGAGGAAGACGAAGAAAUUUUGAAGGAUGAGCAAGAAGAGAACGAAGAAGACAUGACUGUAUUCACUCAAUCACCUUCUUACGUCACAGGAGGUACGCUGAGAGAAUAUCAAAUUCAAGGUCUCAAUUGGAUGAUUUCUUUGUUUGAAAAUGGUAUAAACGGUAUUCUGGCUGAUGAAAUGGGUUUGGGUAAAACAUUGCAGACUAUUUCAUUCUUAGGCUACUUGAAGCAUUUACGCGGUGUUAAUGGUCCACAUUUGGUUGUGGUUCCCAAAUCUACACUACAUAAUUGGUAUAAUGAAUUCAGAAAAUGGAUCCCUGAUUUUGAUAUUUUUGUAUUUCAUGGUGAUAAAGACGAAAGAAAAAAAUUGAUCAACGAAAGGAUUCUCCCUGGAAAGUUUGAAGUAUGCAUCACCUCUUACGAAAUUUGUCUCAUGGAAAAAGCCCAAUUCAAAAAGGUCAAAUGGCAAUACAUCAUCAUUGAUGAAGCUCACCGUAUCAAAAACGAAAACUCGAUGCUUUCUCAGCUUGUCCGUAUUUUAGAUUCUCGCAACCGCAUGCUCAUCACGGGUACACCUCUUCAAAAUAAUUUGCACGAAUUAUGGGCUUUAUUGAACUUUUUAUUACCUGACGUCUUCAGCUCUUCCGAAGUGUUUGACGAAUGGUUCGAAAAGCAAGGAGGCGAUCAAAAGAAAGUCAUCGAACAGCUGCACAAAGUACUACGACCUUUCUUGUUGAGACGUAUCAAAUCUGACGUGGAAAAAUCACUGUUGCCCAAGAAGGAAAUGAACGUGUAUGUACGGAUGUCACCUAUGCAGCGUCAAUGGUACCAAAAGAUUUUAGAAAAAGAUAUUGAUGCGAUCAACGGCGUCGGACUGAAUAAGCGAGAAGGCAAAACGCGUUUGCUGAACAUCGUCAUGCAGUUGAGAAAGUGCUGUAAUCAUCCUUAUUUAUUCGACGGCGCCGAACCAGGACCUCCUUACACCACAGACCAACAUUUAGUGGACAAUUCUGGUAAAAUGAUUGUGCUGGAUAAACUGCUUAAGAAAUGCAAAGCACAAGGAUCUCGUGUGCUAUUGUUUAGCCAAAUGAGCCGUGUCCUGGAUAUUCUGGAAGAUUACUGCUGGUGGAAGGAGUAUGCUUAUUGUCGUAUUGAUGGACAAACGAGUCAAGAGGACCGUAUUGAUGCUAUAGAUGAAUACAACAAGCCCGACAGUGACAAGUUCAUUUUCUUGCUCACGACGCGUGCUGGUGGUUUAGGUAUUAAUCUGACAACGGCUGAUAUUGUUAUUCUCUACGACAGCGAUUGGAACCCUCAAGUUGAUUUACAAGCGAUGGAUCGUGCGCAUCGUAUCGGUCAGACAAAGCAAGUUUAUGUGUUUAGAUUUGUGACCGAAAAUGCGAUCGAAGAAAAAGUGCUCGAACGUGCGGCCCAAAAGUUACGUCUUGAUCAGUUAGUCAUCCAGCAAGGACGUGUUCAAUCUGGCCCCAAAACAAAGACGGCUUCCAAGGAGGACUUGUUGGAAAUGAUUCAGCAUGGCGCUCAGAAUAUUUUCAAAGACGGUGACAGCGACAAUAGCAGCACUACCAUGGAUGAUAUUGAUGAAAUCUUGCGCCGUGGUGAACAAAAGACGGCUGAGCUAAAUGAAAAAUAUGCUGAACUCAAUUUAGAUGAUUUGAAGAAUUUCUCUUCAGAGAGUGCUUACAAGUGGGAUGGUGAAGACUGGAGCCACAAACGUAAGGCCGAAAAUGUCGGACUGUCUUGGCUUGGACCUGCCAAGAGAGAAAGAAAGGCGAACUAUGCCGUGGAUGACUAUUAUAAGGAAGCUUUACGUACGACUACUCGCACACCUUCAACAAAAGCGCCGCGACCCAAGAAAUACAAUAUCGAAGACUUUCAAUUCUUCCCUCCUCGUCUUGCAGAGUUGAACGAACGCGAUACACUCUAUUUACGAAAGUCGUUAGGCUAUAAAAUACCACCUAUCAGUCCUGAAGAAGGCGCGACAGAAGAAGAAAUAAAGAAACUCGAAGAGGAGAGGAAGGAGGAGCAAAAGAAGAUUGACAAUGCAGAGCCUCUUACAGAAGAGGAAGAAGAGGAACGCAAAGAAUUAUAUAGUAAAGGCUUUUCCACGUGGAGCAAGAAAGAUUUUGCUAUUUUCAUCAAUGCUUGCGCCAAAUACGGUCGUAAAGAUUUAGAAGCUGUUACUGGUGAAUUAGAAGGCUCCAAGACACUUGAGGAAGUUAAAAAAUACUCCAAGGUCUUCUGGUCGCGUUAUAAAGAAAUUGCUGAUUACGAGCGACAUAUUUCCAAGAUUGAACGUGGUGAAAACGAAUUAGAAAAGCAAGCUGAAAUUCAGCAAGCCCUGACUGAUAAGGUGCAGCAGUACCGUGUUCCACUUCAGCAAAUCAAAAUUCAUUAUACUCAACCUACCAAGGGUAAGAACUACACGGAAGAAGAAGAUCGCUUCCUUAUCGUUAUGCUUGAAAAGUAUGGUUACGGUACAGAAAAUGUAUAUGAUAACAUUCGUCGCGAAAUCAAGCAAUCACCACUGUUCAGAUUCGAUUGGUUCUUGAAGUCAAGAACCUCGCAGGAGAUCGCCAGACGUUGUAAUACGUUGAUUAGUUUGAUUCAAAAAGAAAAUGCCGAGUUUGAGGAGGUUGAAGAGAAAAAGGUAAAACUGCACAAGUAG